CACUUCCCUCAAUAUUGUAGAAGAAGAGAAUUAAACCCUUUGAACAGAAAUUGCGUGAUUUAAGUUUCGUAAUCUGAGUUUUGGCUCGCCUUUGUACCAAAAAAACAGAAAUUAAGAAGAUCGACUGAGGGGAAGUAUGAAAAUAGUUUUCUCCCUGCUUAUAAUUAAUUUUAUUUUACAACUUAUUUCAUAUUCAUGUAAAGCACAAGACCUCAAGGUUUGUCAAUUUAAUGCAAUAUAUCAAUUUGGAGAUUCAAUAUCCGACACAGGCAAUUCUAUUAUUGAAUAUCCUAGUGCAUAUCAUGCACAACUUCCUUAUGGCAAAAAAAUGGGAAAAGCCACUGGAAGAUCUUCUGAUGGGCUAUUAAUAGUUGAUUAUCUUGCACAAUCAGCAGGUCUGCCAUUGGUUGAACCAUUUGAAAAACCAAAUUCAACUUUCAGUCAAGGAGUUAAUUUUGCAGUUGCUGGAGUUACUGCUUUGCCUAUGGAAACUCUAGCAAAUUUCAAAAUCCCACCAAGAAUCAUAAAUAGUUCUCUCAACAUACAACUUCAAUGGUUUGAUAAAUACUUGAAAACUAUUUGCAAUGAGACUAAAGAUUGUCAAGAAAAAUUGAAACCAGCUCUUUUUAUGAUGGGAGAAAUUGGUGUUAAUGAUUAUAAUGCUGGGUUUUUCCAAAAUAAAAGCAUUGAGGAGGUAAAGAAUGUCAUGGUACCUCCAGUUGUGCAAGCCAUUAAAGAUGGUGUAAAAAAAGUCAUAGAUUAUGGUGCUGUUAGAGUGGUUGUUCCUGGAAUUUCUAAAUUUGGUUGCACAGCAGCUUUGCUCACAGAACUUUCAUCAAACACCUCAACUACAUAUGACACAAUCUGUUGCUUAAAGGAUUAUGAUGACUUCUUUGCAAACCAUAAUGAUCGUCUCCAAUUAGGACUUGAAGAACUGAGAAAGGAAAACCCUAAUGUACAUAUUGUAUAUGGUGAUCUUUUUAAUGGACACCAAUGGAUUAUAGAUAAUCAUUCAAAUCUUGGACUUAAAGUAUUAAAAGAAACUUGCUGUGGAAUGGGAGGUAAAUAUAAUUUUACUCCUGGAUUUAAGACCAUGUGUGGAGCUCCUGGUGUCCCUGUUUGUGCAAAUCCUGAAGAGCAUGUUUUUUGGGAUGAAUGGCAUUUUUCCCAGCAAGCCAAUAAAUAUUUAACAGAGUGGCUUGUGAAAGAUAUUUUGCCAAAACUUCAAUGCAUAAUGUAAUAAAAUUCUGUAUGUAUUUUUUUAAUUACUCCGUUAUUUUUAUUUAUUCACGAGUAUUUAAUAUA